GCAGGUUACCCAGGCAACAACCGCACGAACUGUAAACAUUCAUCAGCUUCUGUUCUUGUUCAAUUUGAAGCAGGUUAGCAGAUAUUUCCAGACACAACUUUUAAGGUCACAGAUUUAUCAUGCAGACACCAGAUUAUUUGGAGAUAGACCUCAGUAGAUUGGUGAUUGGUGACAAGAAGUUCCUGAAUAUUCUGGAAGAAGUGAUGAAACUCAACUGGCUUCAUGAAAGAAUCCAGCCGGAGAAGUCAAAAUUGAUGGCAAGAACUCUUAGUUCCCUUGCCUCUCGUGCUGUGGAGAACAAUCAUUUCAUCGAUCUUCAAGUCCUCCUAGAACAUGUGGAUGUCAAUUCUGAAGACUAUAUGGGAUAUACACCUCUCCAUACAGCCUGUCUGUUGGGAAAUGGAGAAAUGGUUAUGUUCCUACUGGACAAUGGUGCAGUGAACCGCUCUAAACAUUGCCCAUUACACUUGGCCAUUAAGAACAGGAAUUUUCUAGUUAUCGAGCUCCUGAGGUGGAAAGGGUUCACUGUUAAACUACACCCAGUGAGAAUUGGCGUGGAAUUGAUCCAAACAGUACGAAAGAGAGAUCAUGCGCUACUGCAUGCCUGGUUUCUCUCAGGGGUGGACAUGGACACCUCUGACUACAAUGGGUGGACAGCAAUGAAGGAGGCUGUUCGCUUGGGGGAUAACACCAUGAUAACCAAGCUAGUGCACUACAGAAGCACGCCACUGUCGUCUGUGCCCGUGUACAGGAGGAGAAGAGUCUCGCUUUAAUCUUUCCCCUUCUGCAGACUCUCUGCCCUGUACUGUAGAUAAACUUGUAAAUAGUUCUGUUCUUUUUCUUUUUGUGUUCUUUUGUCAAUAAGAUUGGUGUUUUAUCUGCGUUAUAAAUGUGUUUGAAUAAACUUUAUAAACUAA